AUGGGUGUUUCAGAGACGUUAAAGUGGCGAAAGUUGGCCCCUGCAUCAACCAACAACUCCGUCGCCAUCCCACCGCGGUACGAGCACGCCGCGGUCAUCAUCCCAGGCUCCGAAAGCGCCGCAUCCCAGCUGCUCGUGAUGUACGGCGCGGGGAACGACGGCCUGCUCAACGAUGUCUGGACGUUUGACCUGGAUAAGCAGCAAUGGACAUCUCUAUGCACGAAAGGCACGGCGCCAUCAGCCCGGACGCUGCGGUCCGUAGCCGCGAUAGAAGAUCAACGUAGCGGGUCGCGGAGGGUGUACAUUUUUGGCGGUGGAGCGGAACAUGACAAGGCUGUGGACGAUGGAUGCGUGUAUUGUUUCGAUGUUGGUGGGUUGAUCAUGGAAGCGACACACAGUGUGAUAGAUGAGACGCAACAGCCGGCACCUGCGCCGCGUUUAGGGCACACGUUCACGGCCGUAGGAACGAAAAUCUACUUGUUUGGUGGCAUGGCUGGUGACGUGACGUUUGAUGAUGUGUGGGUGUUUGAUACAGUGAGUAGGGAAUGGAAAUGCUUGGAAGGGACAGGAGACGUGCCGUCGCCUCGCUCAGGGCACUCGGCGACUGUGAACCGGGACAAGAUUUAUGUAUACGGAGGUCUGACACGGACACCCAAAACUCAAGCAUUUGAAGACGUUUACGUGUUCGAGACUGUCCACACAGUAUGGACAAAACUCGACCCAGCAUCUCUCCCACCCGGCCCGCCAGGUGCUCGCCUUGGCCACGACGCAUGCGCCAUCACGGAAUACGCACCGCUCAUCGGGUCAAUGGCAGACGCCGACCCGUCCAACACCACAGCGCAAAUCGCGAUUACGGCAAAAGACGCGAUGGUUGUGUUUGCAGGCAUGGAUUUGGGGGGCAUGUACAAUAGUGUUUAUCUACUGGAGGUUUGA